AACGAAUCGUUGACUCUCCUUUUGCUGGGAUUGGGGGAGAGAGGCUUUGGUUGGGGGAAGCUCGUCGAUGUUUGUUAGUAGCAUCGAAUCAGAGAAGGAGGAAGAAUGGCGGGAGGAUCUGAGAGGAAGACGAUACUGGUGGGUUUGGUUCUAGCUCUUGUUCUUGGUGUCGCCGUAUAUUUGAGGCUUUGGACUAUCGAUUAUACUCUAUCUUCCGAUGACACUGAGCGCUUAAGGAAACAGUUUGAUUUGGCUAAUAGAGAAGCAAUGGAUGAAUCUGCAGAGUGGAGGAGAAUGUUUGAUAAGGAAUCUGAGAAAGCUUCUAAAUGUACUGCAGAACUGGCGCUGAUCAAAGAGUCAUCUGAGAAUGGAAACGCAAAUCAAAAGCUGGAGUCAUUACAAAAGAAAAAUGCCGCAUUGCUCAUUCAGAUAGAGACAUUAAAACAAGACCUUGAAGCUUCACGGUUAAAGUGUCGUUCUCGAGAGCCACCACGUUAGAAAAAUCUCCAUGAUAUGUUGUGUGAUAGAUGUAGUCCUCCGCUGGUAAGAAAACCCGGAUUGUGGAACAGUUGUCCAAAGAAGCACUAAUUUACAACACAAACCUCAUAACCUUGUAGUGAUAAAUCAAUUUUUGGAUUUCAGCCUUGGGUCCUUUCGCUAAAUUCAUGUUUUAACUCCUAAUGUAUACUUUUAGUUCUUGAAGAAGGUUUGCACCUGUACCUCA